AGGGACCUGAAUCUCAACUGAGACACAACCAUGUUCUUGCUCAUCAGCUGUUUUGCUCUUGUGGCCUCCGCACUGGGGUGUGGAAUGCCUUCCAUCCCACCCAAAGUGAGCGGAUACAACAAGAUUGUGAAUGGGGAGACCGCUGUGUCUGGUUCCUGGCCCUGGCAGGUUUCCCUUCAGGAUAGCAGAGGGUUCCACUUCUGUGGAGGAUCCCUGAUCAACCAGAACUGGGUUGUGACUGCUGCUCACUGCCGUGUGUCUGCAAGAGAUCACCGUGUCAUCCUGGGAGAGCACGAUCGCCAGUCCAACAGUGAGCCAAUUCAGGUCAAGACCAUCUCCAGGGCCAUCACUCACCCCUACUACAACACCCAGAACUUUAACAACGACAUCACUCUUCUGAAGCUGAGCUCCCCAGCACAGAUGACUGCCCGUGUGUCUCCUGUGUGCCUGGCCUCCUCCAGCACCAGCAUCCCCUCUGGAACCACAUGUGUCACCACUGGAUGGGGAAGAACCGGGCAGACUUCAAGCCCUCGCUACCUCCAGCAGGCUGCCCUUCCUCUGAUGAGCCCUGCUCAGUGCAGGCAGUACUGGGGUCAGAACAGAAUCACCGAUGCCAUGAUCUGUGGUGGUGCUUCUGGAGUGUCUUCCUGUCAGGAUGACUCCGGUGGCCCUCUGGUCUGCCAGAGCGGUAGUGUGUGGUCCCUCGUGGGUAUUGUGUCCUGGGGCACCUCCAACUGCAACGUGCGCACCCCUGCCGUGUACGCCCGUGUGUCCUACCUGCGCCAGUGGAUCGACCAGACUGUCGCUUACAACUAAGCGUGCGUUACACACUGGUGCAGCCACACAGUGGGCUGCUGUUUGAUGCCUUUGUGAGAAAUGAUGCAAUAAAC